GCCCGUUCGUGUGAAUUGGUCUUCUGGUUGUUGAUGGGGUUGAAGAAACGAUGAAAUGAGCAUCCAAAAAGAGCGACAAAUACCACACGUCACUCAACCAUCCUCUCGACUCGACCCGACCGAUUCGAUUCGACGCUCCCUCCCUUGCUACAAAAUCACAUCAGUCACUGUCCCCCAUCCCAUCUCUCCUGUCCUGUCCUAGCUGUACAUGUGUCUUGACAUAUGUGAUGCAUCCAUGCGUGGAUGGGAUGGGGGUGGGUGGGCAGAUCACAUGAUGGCGCAGCACUUGGGUCUCCGCUCCUGCAGGUGCGUGGCCAGCGUCUGCCGGGUGCGGGGGUUGGACGCCACCUGAGGGAGGCGCACACAAAACAAACACACGACACACAAAGAACAGGACAGAGAGAAAGGGAUACAUUGUAGAGAAGGCGCAUCUCAUUCGCCCUCCCUCCCUCCAUAAACGCCUGUCUGUCUGGCCCAGUCCAUCAUCCAUCAGUUAGUCCAACAGACUCAAUGGGUUUCUUUCACCGCCUCCAUCCAUUCAAGAGUGAGGCGUCCACUAAUACAUGCGAAUAAGUCAGUCAUCCUUGCUGGACCUGACCUCAGAUAUCUGACUGCUCUCCCUCUCCCCUCUCACUCACUCAGUGACUUAUAUACUUACCGCCAUUGCCUUGUGCAGUGCCGCCAGGGGGUGCUGCGCCGCCUUGAUCAGCUCCUCCACACAGUCGCCAUGGCCCCAACGCGCUGCACACUGCAGAGGCAACUCGGACGGCUCGCCGGGCUGACACGAAGACACACACAGAGGCCACACAGAGAGAUGUGAGGGUCCGCGGAUGGAUUGAUGGAUGUAUGGAUGGGCGGUCGGUGUCUGUCUGAUUGUGGCGCUUACAGCUGUGGAUGGCAGCAGGGGGUCUGCGCCGUGCUCCAGCAACACUCGACACAUCUCAGUGUCGCCAUUCUGAGAAGGCCAGCCAUCACACACAGACACACACAAGCACUGCUAUCCACCGAUCACUUCUGGCCCCCCUUUGUUUGUGUAUCAGUCAGUGUCCUCCCUCACCUGUGCUGCCACGUACAGCUGCGUGUAGCCGUGGGGGCUGUAGGCAUUGACGGUCGACUGGUGACUCGUUCCCUGUGGGCCCCAUGCAACACACACAACACAACACAUACACACGCAGGAGCAAUGCAUUCAUUAUCCGCUGUGGGAUGGAUUGUCGUUUCUUCCCUUCUCGCGUGUGCGUACGUACGUCGAAUAUUGCCCGUUUUGGGUCCUUCUUGUACUCCUCCGUCCACUCACCCACCACGCCCUUAGUCGUCUGCAGGCAGAUCGGCAGGCAGGCAGGGAUAGAGGGAGAGAGGGGGGCAGAUAGAAAGGAAAAACCGAUAUGCACCUCAUGUAUCUCAUCCAUCGCACACACACCACACACCCGGCUUGGCUUUCAUUUGUAUGCCUACCGCUUUAAAAAGACGUUCGCGCUGCCUGUGAUCCUUCAGCGCCUCCUCAAAUGGCGUCUGAACACACACAGAUAGAUACACACACACACACACACGUGGAGGUGUGUGCAAAUCUGAAAAAUCUGGUUGUGUGUGUACCGACCGCAUCUCCGCCCACCUCUUCUCUCUUUUGCUCACCUGCGUUGGCUGUUUGUAGUUGUCGAUGGUGAGGUAGGUCGCCUGCCGGGAAAAGCCGCACUUCUCCGUCUGCUUGUCAAUGUCACCCUAACCACACACACACACACGUACGUCAGAUCACAGGCACACACACGCAUAACGGCUGGCACCCACCAGGUCCUCGACGAUUUGCGUCUCUGGCCUCAUGAGCCUGCCGACGACCAGCAGUGCCACUCGCAGCUGCCGCCACCGCCGGUUGGCCGACGUCGUGGCCUCAGACAUGCACCGAAACAGACGCGGAGUCUGUCCGCUCCCACUGGGGAUCAGAGGACUCUUGUCCGGGUCAACCUGACAGACAAAUGGACGACACACGACAUGAGGACAACACCAUGCCACCAGGCCGAACGGACAAUUGUCAUCGGUGUGUCAGCCAGCAGCUUAGCUUACAUCCGAUCUGUCAGCGGGCACUGCGUACUUGAUGCCCGUCCCGUCAGCGGCCCGUUCAUCCCGCGCCACAAUCCCGUAGUCGACGCUCUUUCUCCCCUUCCCAUGACCAUUAUGAUUAUGAUUAUGGUAGUGGCCGUUGGCGCACACGUCCUCUUGGUCCCUGCCAGAGCCGGCACUCAACAGGUACCGCAGCGAAGGCGGAAUGAGGUGGUGGUGGCUUGGGUUGGUGGCUGGGGCGGUGGGGUGGCAGGGGAGGGCGGGGUCGGUGGGGGAGGGGGGGAGAAUGGGGAGGAAGAAGGGGUAGCUGUAGGAACGCACCAGACGGUUCAAGUCAGCAGCCGUCUGGGUGCCACUGCUCCCGUGCCUCAUCUCCGCCAGCUGAAGCAAAGGGCGAUGACACACACACACACACACACACAAUGUCAUGAGAACGUCAGAGAGUCAGUCAGUCCCUGUGAGGUGUUUGUUGUUUCGUCACCGACCAUUUGUGGCGUGAGGGGUCCCACUGGCAUUGGCGAUUUGGCAGCGUGGUUCCUCGGUGUCCGUCGGUCGGGCACGACGCAGGGAGAGCACGGGACGCUCUUGCUGUCCUCGAUGGGCGCUCUGACAAUCUUCAGCGGAGGUGGCGGCACUAAAUUCGUCAUGACCUCGACCUGGUCCACACAGCUUGGCAUUUCAAGCCGUUCUACCGUGAACCCGCGAAAACUCC